AUGAAGCUGAAGAAAGAAAGAUGGCUACAGAAAAUAGAAAGUGUGAAGCUAGCCAAGCAGAAGCAAAAAGCUGAAGCAAAGCGGAAAGCAACACCUGUGGUCGGAGACAUGCAGCCACUGAUGGAAGCCCUACCUGAGCUCUUUGACUUGACCACAGGUGGCAGGGACAGGAAGCCACCCAAGAGCCAUGUGAAAACAAAAGCGGAACCAACAGACUUCUGUCUCAUGAAACCAGCUCAGAAACGCAGGCUCUUAGAAGAAGAAAUGGCUCGAUUUCAUGAGGUCGUUACGAAUCCCCACUACAAAGCCAACCCACUCAUGGCCAUCAGUGAGCAUCUCUCCAAGAGACUAAGGCAGGAAGAAGAAGGGGCAGCUGCUCCUUGGCAAGUAGCCUGCAGAGAGCAGGGUGUUCUGUGAGAUCUUUGUGCAGACAUGAAGCUUCCUGCGAAGUGUCUUGACACCUUCUCCCUUCUUGUGAGCAGGCGCAAUUUCAUGAAUUAUGCCACUGGCAACGUGUCUGCUUUUUGUUUUCUUUCCCCCUCCCCCCACUCCUUGUUGAUAACUCUGAAAAGAGGUUCCCUGGUGCUUUGUUGCAAUUGUUCAAGACCCCCGGCCCUGGAGCCUGGAAGACUGUUGUAGAUCUGCGUAAGGAUUGAUGUUGCUGUUCAUUGUUUUAUAUGAAAACUUAACUUUGGAAUAAACGCACUUUCCACACAGUA